ACCAACUUCAAGAAAAAUUAAUUAGUUUCUUUUUUCACAUGGAUUUAGGUCCAAAUAAUUCAUGUGUGAAUAAUAAUAUUGAGAUGGAAACAAAUUAUGAUGAUGUUGAUCAUGCACCUGAAGAAAGUGGAUGGACAACUUAUUUAGAGGAUUUUUCAAUGAAGCAAAGGGAAAAUAACUAUAGUUCAUCAUCUGAUCAUGAUAAUAAUUCUUUUGGUAGCCCUUCUUUGCUUUCUGAUGCUGCUUCACAUGCUGCAUGGAAACAAAAUUCUCAAUCUCCUAUGAGUGGUUCACCAUUUCUUAAGAGGUUGAAUUUGAAGAAACAAAAAAGAAACAACAAAAUUUCUGAUCCUGAUUUGGAAGACACUGCUAGCUCACCUGUAAAUAGUCCAAAGGUAAGUAAUUUUAAGCAGAUGGACAUCAAUUAUAGGACAGAAAAUAGUAGUGCACAAUUCCAAGAAAUGAAGAGAGUUGAGAGAAACAACAAAUCUUUUGAUGGAAAAGACAAUAAUGGGUAUAUAGAAUUGAAGAAGAAGGGACUUUGCUUGGUACCUUGGUCCAUGAUAGUCAACAACCAUGGCUGAUCUCCCUAACAUCCCUCUCUGUUCAUGUAAAAAAACUUCAUCUUUUUUUUUUGGGGGGGAGGGUGGGGAGUGGGGAGAGGGUGGGGUGGGGGGACUGUAAAAAAUAUAGACAAAAUACAUUGAUAACCCUUAAAAUUAUCAGUGAAUUUUACUUAGA